GAUUCUCGAGUGAACCGAAAACUUGCCCGACUUGUAAUGUGUGAGCAUUCUGAGUCAAGAUUUGACCGAUAUGGCUACAUCACCAUCUAGCGUUUUGGGGGUUAUUACAGAUGUAUCUGUGCUGCCAUUGGUCGGGUCCCAGAUAAAUAAGUACAUUUGUCAUAACCGGUAUCGAAAUAUUUUGAGUCACUGCGACAAGGCGGACGUGAACGCUGCGUUUGAUUUGUCAACAAUCCGUGGUUCAUUAUUUUCUUAAAAUAAUUUAAACCUACAACGAAUGCGUUCCUUGUGUGAAUGUUUAAUGCGAUGCUGUAAAUGUGAACCAGCAAAACACUGAAGUCCGGGUUUUCGAGUUCAGUCAGAGCGAGAGACUCAAGCUAAGUGUCAGAUUGCUAGCUCUAGAGCUGCGUAUUUGUUUGUGAACACACGUUUGUUAAAGCCGUGGCGAUGGCUGACGGAAGUUCUUACGACGUUAAGUUGUACAUUUAUGACGUGUCAAAAGGACUGGCACGGCAGCUGAGUCCCAUGAUGUUAGGAAAGCAAGUCGAGGGAAUAUGGCACACCUCUGUAGUGGUUUAUGGGGAAGAGUUUUUCUUUGGAGGAAGAGGCAUAAUAAGCUGCUUUCCGGGUGGUACUAUUCUAGGUAUGCCUGAUUCCAUAGUGGACCUUGGAAACACAGAAGUUCCCCGGGACCUUUUUCAGGAAUAUCUGUCUUCGCUCAGGGAGUCUACUUACAGACCUGAAAAAUACCACCUUUUUGAACACAACUGCAACACCUUCAGCUCUGAGGUUUCACAGUUUAUAACAGGAACUAAGAUUCCCUCUUACAUCACCGAACUCCCAUCUGAGGUGCUCGCUACACCUUUUGGACAUGCACUCCGUCCUUUUCUCGAUUCAGUCACCAUCACUCCAUCAGGGGACAAUACCAUGAAUAGAUAUGGCCAGUUGUAGAUGUGGCUGCAUCUAAAAAUGUAUUAUUACAACAGUCAGGAAGCUUGUGUCUCAGACUUAUAAUAAUACUUUAUGUAAGUUUGUCCCAUUGUGUUUAUAUAAAAUAGCUUUCCUUCAGUGAUCUGCAGUGUGAACAGACAGAUCAGUCUGUAUAGUUGACCUUUUCAGUACAGGAUUUGCAGUUCCACUGUUACAAACUACGAGCGGCAACAAAGUGUUGGCUAUAAUAAUAAUUAUAGUAAUAAUUUUGCCAAGUAAACCAAACCUAAAAUAUCAAUAAACUACAUAGUAGAAUCAUUUUUACUAGGGAAUGGUUUGCAGUAAUCUUUAAAAAUACGGCAAACUUUUUAAACAGAUGUAAUGUACCAAAGCAAAUUGUAUCAGGAUUCCCCUAGGUGUCUCUGUUCUACCUCAACAUGAUCUGUUUCUUCAGAUGCUUUAAGAGGAAUAGAGGAUGAGAAUUAGGUUGCUAUUUGUAAAAAUAUGCUAUGGUGAUUUAUACUGAUCAGAAUAGUGUAAUUUAGAGUCCCUUAUUUAUGUGUAAAUUAAUUAGACAAUUCAUGCACUUUUACUGUUUACUGUGCUUAUAAAGUGCUGUACUCAUGUUUAGAUGUUUAACUCAGUCGCUCUUUCUUUAAUCAGUCACUCUCUUGGUACUGAUUAUUGACUCUUUCUGUGUUGUAAGUUGUUAUCUAAACCUUACCUUUACCAUUUACAUCAGUCCUAGAGUGCCAUGAAUAUAGAUUAAAGAGGAUUAAAGGGGAUCAGUGAGAUUACAGGAAGCACAGUAACAGUGUCACACAGAUGAAGCUAAUGAAUGUUUUAUAAAAAUUAGCAGGAGCCAAUAGGAAAGUUGUUGUAUUUUUCAAGUCUUUUGACUCUUGUCCAUUUGCUUUUUUAUUUGUUAUUCUGGUUGCAAAUAGUAUUAUAAAUAGGGAAGAUAGCAGUAUAGUGGAAAUGUGGCUUUAGUGACAAAAGACCAUUAAUAGUAAUUAUUUAACAAGCAGUAUAGAAUUCAUAACUCAGUGGUCUGAUGGUAAAUGGUCUAAAAUCUCUAAAGUCCAUAGGACCAGUGUUAUCCUAACAAACGCAUUAGCAAUGAGAUAUAUUAAUGUGAUUGAUUUUUAACCAAUUUAUAAAAACUUGAGAUUUUAUAUAUGAUAAACAUUCCUAGUAAUAAUCUCACAGUUCAAAUUAUUUUAUGUUCAGGUUAUGCUGCCUGAUUUUUCUGUGCUACUGUCUUAAUUUUCUGCCUCAAAUAAAACUUAUUCAUGUUUGUAUAUUAUUCAGCUCUAAACAAAUAAAGACAUUAUGAAAGUAUAAA